CGUCACUUGAUUAUCAGUUUCAUCAAAGUCGCAGGAGUUUGGAUCGUCACCUUCCUGGGAGAAGUCUGAACCGCUGAAGCAGGUAGGUCAUUUGGGCAAGAUAAGCCACCGCUGGAGCAAGACCUCCCAACUGGAGUGCCUAAUGGCUACUGAACCAUCACAUUCGUAAAUAUACAAGUCAAAUAUAUAUAGGAUGUCUUCGAAUCGUUACAGCAGCCAGAACAGGAACCAAGGGAGCAGUAGCAGCAGCAGCAGCAACAACUUCGCCAGGCCCAAACAGAAGUUCAUGCCGAAGAAAGAUAUCCAAUCCGAUCAAACUCCAUUUACUUCUAAUAGCCAACAAUCUAAGAAGUCAGACGUAGCUGCCGCUGCCGCUUCCGGUGGUAGCGGCAGUGGUGAAUCUGCGAGCAGGCUUAAGAUGUCGGAGAUGGGAGAAUGGGUUUCUAGUGUCGGCCAAGGUGGCAAUUUUGUCGAUUACUUGCCUCAAGAUGAGGCGGUUGCUACUGGACUAGGAGCUGACAAGGGCGGAUUGGAUCCAGUGGAAUCCCAGCGAGUGGUGGAUCUUUUGAACAGAGAAUUAUCUCGGUUGCUUAAAUUGAGCCCUAAAGAUUUCUGGCGAGAAGUUUCUAGCGACACUUCCCUUCAUUCUUUCCUUGAAAGCUUUCUAAAGUUUAGGAGUAGAUGGUAUGAUUUCCCAUAUCAUGGACCCAAGGGCAUUGUUGCUGGAGUCAUUGUCGGUGAAUUCGAGCUAUCUCGGCGUGUCUUCAUGACCUUAUAUCGCAUAUCUUCUAGUCGGGAUCCUGGUGCCAAGGCUGCUGACACUGUCUGUCAGAAAGAUUAUUCAGCUCUUUUGCAGGAGAAGAAGUUACUUAGUUUGCCAAAGUUGUUAGAAAUUUCUGCUAUAUAUGGUCAUGAAAAUGAAGAUUUGACAAGAAUAUUGAUUGUGAAUGCAAUAAAUGCACAACCAUGGAUCCAUGACGAUCUUACCGAAGUCAUUUCUCAUUUCUUGAGCAUUGUUCACACUAUGUAUGAACGUUGUAGCUCAUCUAUAGAGGUUUUAUUUUCAUCUGUUGGCUGUCAAGAACAUGGGCAUACUCGGCUUCUUAAAGACUAUUUAGAGGUAAUGGACUUCAUAAAUGAUGGUGUUGUAUCCAUGGAUGCAUUUGUUAAUGCCUACAAUCAGUCUGCUGUUUACAUCUCUAUUCCUGUUGACAUGAGUCAUGGGAAUGAGGAAAUGCUCACUACGCUUGCAAGGCUACAUGAUUCCUUGCUACCGUCCUUAGAGCGAGGUUUCCGCUUGCUGUUUGCAUCUAAAGAAAACAAUGGCUCCUCAGACAUAUCUAGUAGUAGUAUGCAUUCAGAUGUUUAUCUCAGUUUGAAAAUGUUGUCAACAAGGAUUGUAAAUUUUGGCUGGAAGCUGCUAUACUUGUGCUAUCUACGUGACGAAGCUUUUGAUGGAAGUUACCUUGUUCCAGUUGGAAUGAAAAUGUUUCCUGCAAGUGUUGAAGAUCCCGUCAUAAGGACAGACAUUCUCAUACAGAUUGUCAGGGAUAUCAACGGAAUAUAUUUGCAGUCCCUUGAGGCUCCUACUAAAGGAACAUUUCUUCAAAGCAUCGAGGAGAAUCACAAAGUAAUGUCUAAAAUUGGGCUAUUAAGAGAUGCAGGGUGGUUCACUGUGGAUGAUGAUCAAUUUCGAUUUCUCUCUGGUAUUUUUGUCAAGUCUGUGCAAAAGAAUAUUAGGACAACGCCUAGCAUGCCAUCCUCAGGGACGAAUAGUACACCCCAGGUCGAUGAAGACGCUGUAAUUGUCGAAUCAAAAAUCAGUCAAAUAAAAGAUCUAUUCCCUGAAUAUGGAAAAGGUUUCCUAGCUGCCUGUCUUGAAGUUUAUAACCAGGACCCUGAAGAGGUCAUUCAGAGGAUUCUAGAGGGCACUCUUCACAAAGAUUUGCAAUCUUUAGACAUUUCCUUGGAGGAAACUCCAAAGCCCAAAUCCUCUCUUCCUUCCUCAUUGGCACCUCCUAAAGACAAGGGUAAAGGGAAGCUGUUCGAAUCAUCUGAACCCGCCCCCCCUAUAAAACACACUCAAAUAGGCAGUUCUUCCAAUUCUUCCUCCACAUCAUCUGUUGUGGUUGGAAGGUAUGUGAGGAAGACCGGGAGCGAUUUGCCCGACGCUACGGUCCUCAACUCUAGAAGUGAAGCUGACUUGGCAAGGACAGCUGCACUCGCGUCACAGUUUGAGGAGUAUGAAGACGAGUAUGAUGACUCAUUCGAUGAUUUGGGUGUGAGUGUCGCAGGGUCUGCUUUAGAGGAAACAGAAAAUAUUGAUGAUGACAAAUUGAAUUCAGGUAGGGGAGGGAAGUCUUCAGGAUUUGAUAAUAAUGCUUCUAAUUCAAAAUGGAAUAAAAAGCCACAAUUCUAUGUUAAGGACGGGAAAAACUACAGUUACAAAGUGGAGGGCUCUAUUGCUGUGAAUAACUACGAUGAAGCUUCAUUGGUUAAUCAAGCUCAGAAAGAACUUAUACAUGGACUUGGUCGAGGAGGCAAUCUUCCAAUGGGUGCUGUCAAAAGGAUUGCAGAUUCUAUUCCAGGAGAGCAAGGCAAAGGAGGGGGUCGAGGGCAGCAGCAGGUGGGACGUGGGUUUGGACGGGGCCACAUUUCUUCUUCUUCAAGUGGUCCUGUUCAAAAGCCCAAUGAUGAUGAUGAAGAUGAGAGUGGAGUAAAAGAGUGGGGUCGAGGAGGAGGACGAGGAGGGAACUUUAGAGGUGGAGGAGGAGGGCAGAGGGGACGGGGAAGAAAUCAUUACAAAAAAGACAGAGCCAUGAAAAAACACAUGGCCGGAGUAACAGGCCAUUGGUGAGGCAAAUGUUUUCAUCUCAAGGGGAGUGGGUAGUACUAGUAGUAUAUAUGCAAAACUUGGUCCACGUAUAUGUCUAUUUUUCAUUUGACGUAUGGUCUUACUAAUUUUCUGAUUCCAUAGUCUUGAGGGAGAAUUAUAUGCAAGUUUAUCUAACUAAACAUAUGCACACAAAACCUUACUUUUGAUAUCUUUUAUGAGCAAUGACAACAGUAAAAAUUUAUUACGUCACUGCACACGCAAUUACAGUAGCAAGUGUUACA